UCGUACUCGACUCCUUCCUUCUCAGUGCGAGAAUGGACCGGCGUUGCGACGCUACGCGUCGUCGACUCUCGUCGAGUACACGAACCGUCGGCUAAUAAUCGAAAAAGCACUCGGGAGAAAACGAAACACAAAAAAGAUCGAAAAGGGAGGGAACAUGUAACGAUUUCGUAACACGCUCGCAACAUACAAAUCACAAAAGUCUUCCAUUAGCGCAUAAAUAAUUAUACAGAUAAUUAUAUAUAUAUAUAUAUAAAUAUAAAUAUAUCUUAUACUAUGUUUUAAGUAUACUGUAAGUGAUAAGUGCAAGUUCGAGGUACGUAUACUGGAUUCGAGAGAACAAAACGAAUAAUUGAACCAAGGUUUCGAUUGUAAUUCGUGGAAACGUGUCUCGUAUAUAUACAUCCUUUACAUUCGAAGAAAUUGAAAAGGAUCAAAGAAAACAGAGAACGAAGAGGGACGAAAGAUGCACACGAAGACAUAGAAACAUGAAAGGAAUCCGUGCGGAAAUUUUUCUAUCAUAUUAAAAUCCAUGUGUCUCCAAGUCGAUAAAUCGACAAUAAUUAAUUAAGACGUCCUUGCUUUGGCCUCGGUACGUCCAGCGUAUGGGUCGAAGCGCGGCGAUUAUAGUGUGCCUGAUACAAAGUCUUCCCUAGUCUCUAAGCUAGAAUAAAACUACGACAUAUUACUAUAUUCUUACAAGAUCGACUAAGAAUAUAUGUAUACUAUGCAGCUAUAUACGUUUUAUUAAUUAAAUAGAAGAUACAAAAGUUAAACUGAAAAAUCGAAAUUGAAAUGAAAAAAAAAUGGAAAAAUGUCUGAACGGAUUCGGGGAAACAAUCGAUCAAGUUCUGACAAUGAGAGGGAGAGAAAAAGAGGAGAUAUAAAAGGGUAGAAAAUGAUGAAAAGCGACAGUUUUCAUCAUCGCAGCCGGAUGAUUGUUCUUGGUAGGAUGGCAAAAUCUCUGAACACGGUGCUCGUGUAAUCGGGGGAGGAAGCCAUUAUCUUCGCCUGCAACCCUCAUCCCUCAUCCGGCCGCCUAAACUAUCAAAGCCAGCCCAGAGAAAAGGAUUAAGCCUGCAUUCGAGCUACUUGCAGGCCCAACCGGCAGAGCUUCUUAGCGUAAAUUAGCGGCCGAUGCUGCUUAAUGCUCGCCUAAUUACCGCUGGUUAAUUAUUCAGGCCCGUAACUUGUCUUUGGGGCCAAUGAAAUUAAACGUUCAAGCUAAUGAAAUUAUCCGCUGAAGAAGAUAAAUACACGACACAUAAAUCCUAUAUAUUAAUAUAGAGUAUAUAAUUUGGAAACGUUUGUAACAAUCACGUAAAAUUCACAUGUGAAGGAGAUUUAGAAAAACAUCAUCCAAAUAUAUUUCAAUGAAGGGAUCAAGAAACUUAAUUGAAAAUAAAAUUCUGAUUUAAAAAACAACGAGGAGAAUUUGUUCGCAUCAGUAAUUAGGAUUCAAGAAAUGACUAUGUCCGUGACGGUAGCUCCGGUGAAACCAGCUCGCGGGCGAGGUCCUGCCGACGGCCGAGCUUUCUUCGAGACGCUAUGGCGAGGGAAUUUCUUUCUGGAUCGACAGAAGGUGAUGAAACGAUCGCGAAAACGGAAAUUGCAAGCUGCUAAUGGGAAGAAGCGUGGACAGCUGCAGAUACGGCAGCAUUGUUGCUGUUGUCAACGCAUUCAACUCCACCUUCUCGCCGGACGGCGCAGCAACAUGCGCUCCGUCGUCAGUGUACGUGAGACGCAUCAGAUCGCCGAAGCGCAGCAAGAAAAGAAUGCAAAGCUACGUGAAGCGUUCGGUAUAUCGGAGUUCUUCGUGGAGGGAAGUAGCCUAGAUCCGGAGAGGCACGCGCGCGAAGCGGAGGCGAGAGCUGCUGCUAGCAAAGUGUACGAACUUGUGCGGACUCCGAGUCCAGCGCCGGACACCACGGCCGCCCCAGAGAAAAAGAAACGGAAACGCUCCAGUAGCGCGAUUAAAAAGAAAAAGGGGAAGAAGCACAAGAAGGAAAGGUCGGAAUCUCCAAAGGCUAGCAAGAAGAAAGAGAAGUCGAAGAAGAAGAAGAAGGAGAAGAAACACAAGAAGACUGAGGCUAGUUCCUCUGAUAGUGACUCCAGCGAGGCUUCAGAUGAUAGCAGCUCUUCCGAAACUGAGUUGAAGAAGAAAAAGAAAAAGAAGAAGAAGAAGGCUAAGGCAGAGGCAAAAGAAAAGCAUGAGAAGAAAAAAGUAGCUGUCAAGAGGAAGCAUCAGUCCUCCGAAAGCUCGUCGGAUAGCUCCCCGGAGAGACCAAAGAAGUCUAUGAAACAUGACAAAACUGUGGAGAAAGUUAAGAACGACGAGACGGAGAACGCGAGGAAAGAGUCUCGAUCGAAAUGUUCGCCAAAGAAACAAGAGAAGAGUCGAAACGAAACGACACCUCCUAUUAGAAAGAAAGACUCUCCCAUCAAAAAAGUAGUGCCAGAGAAAAGAGACAAAUCGCCGAUCGCGCAUAAAAGUCCUCCACCGCGACGUCAUAGAUCACCAGAAUCGAGAAACAGAGUCGAUAGAACGAGAUCGCCUAGAAGAUACUCAAGAUCUCGACGAAUCAGUCCCUCGCCUAGGAGAAGAAGAAUUUCGAGAUCCCCGAGAAGAUACAACAGACACUCCGUAUCCAGAAGCAGAAGUCGAUCAAGGUACGAUCGCUAUGGGUCGCGGCGUAGAAUGUCACCACCCCCUAGACGCAGGAGGUCCGACUCACGAAGGAGAUCGAGGUCACCUAGAAGACCGAGAGACAGAAGAGAAAGAUCCAGGGACCGUCGCAGAAGUCGUAGCAGGACAAAGAGUAGAUCUAGACGAUCCACCUUGAGCUACUCUCCGGUAAGAAAGAAUCCUGAGCGAUAUAAACACAUACUAGAAGACAAGAAGAAACGUGACCAGAAAAAGAAUCAAGACACCAACAAAAGGAAAUCCCGGUCGAGCUCUAGAAAUAGAAAAAUCCAAACGAUCACACCCAGAGUUAGGUUGCGAUCUUCGAGCGAGGAUGAAACUGACAUAGCGGACGAUGAGCCGAAAGCGGAGGAUGAGGAGAAGAUGAAGGAGCUGCAUACUUUGAAACGAUUGCAAUGUGGAUUAGCUGCGAAAGCUAGGGAAUCUCUUGGAAAGAAAGUCAUUAGUCCUACGAAGAUAAAAGUGGAGAAAAAGGAAGAUAGCGUUUUAGAUAUAGCUUUACCAAAUGACCCGCCCAAAAUGCCCGUACAGAAUAUCGUCGGACCGAUGCAAGAAAAGUCACAGUCCCCCGUAUCUCAUCUGCCGGCGAUUCAGUCGCCUGUCUCCAGCAGAUCGCCAUCGCCGGCGUUACCGUUGACCCGAGAAGAGGCAGCUAUAAAAAUACGAUCUCCUAGUGAAUCGCCUCCCCCGUUACCUCAAGUCUUAAACAAGGUGCCCGAUUCACGGUCGCCAAUCAUGACAGCUAAAACGAAUCAUCGUUCGAAAUCCCCUCCGAAUACCUCUCAGAAGAAUUCGCCCGUUAUUCCAAGAAAACAGACACAAAGUAAAUCGCCAUCGCACUCUCCGCCAGUCUCUCACAAAGACAGUAUAAAGUUACGUUCACCGAGUGAAUCGCCGCCACCUCCAAUAUCAAGCAACAAGGCGAAACAGAGCACCUCGAAGAAUUCUCCGGUCUCCAAGAAGCAUUCGCCGAGGAAUAAAUCUCUCUCCAUGUCUCCUUCCAGAUCGUACACGAGAUCUGUGUCAGUAGAGAACAAGUCUUCCAAAUCGCCCAGGCGUCGAUCGAGGUCCGCUUCUAGAGAGAAGAAGUCGCGUUCCGCAUCGAGGAGCAAUAAAUCGGCAUCGCCUAAGAGACACAGGUCAUCGGCAUCACCGUCGAGACCUAAGAAGUCUCCUAAAUCCCCGGCUAGGACCAAGAGGUUGUCCAGGUCAAGGUCAUCCUCGGAAUCGAAGCACUCGGCAUCUAGAUCUCCGUCACGCUCGAAGAAAUCCCUGUCGCAUUCACCGGAGAAGUCACGAUCUAGGAGCAGGACCAGAUCGUUAUCGAAACGAUCGAGAAGUCGUUCUUUGUCGAAGAAAUCCAGAAGCAGAUCUUUGUCGAAGAAAUCGCGUAGUCGAUCGUUGUCGAAGAAGUCUAGGAGUCGCUCGUUGUCGAAGAAGUCGAGGAGCCGUUCGUUGUCAAAGAAGUCUAGGAGUCGUUCGCGAUCACUAUCCAGGGUAUCGAGGGAUAAAGAAAAGAGGAGUCGGAGUAGAAGUAGCUCGCGUUCUUCUUUGAGUUCGAGGCAUAGUCGCAGAAGUUUCUCUAGUUCAUCAAGAUCAUCGAGCAGCGUUUCUAGCAGGUCCUCUCGUUCGACGUCCAGCAGUUCAGCUUCUAGCAGGUCUCGUUCCCCUUCGAUACCCCGACGUCACGGUUCACCCAGUUUCCUAGACAGACGUCGAAUCACGAGCGCCAGGAAACGGCCAAUUCCAUAUCACCGACCUACACCGACUCCACCUUCGUCACCGAGUAGUUCAGAUAGCAGCAGACAUAGUAAUUGGUCGAGUCCGAGUCACCGGUCAAGUUGUUCCCCGAGUCGCAGCCCAUCGUACACACGUUGAAGCCACCAAGUGGAAUCCCUUCCAAAGAAAGAUCGACGUUCCUUACGCGCGUCAGAUUUGGAAUGGCUAACGAAGGUCUAUCGAUGCUUUUUUUUAACAGUCGUUCGACCUCGCGUUUGUAAUGUUAGAAAUUGGCUUGACGCCAUUCUAAGUUUGGUGCAUGAUCUUCAAGUCUUUGUAAAUUCUUACUAAGCAUUUACACGUUUGAUCUCAUGAUUCAAUAAUACUCAUGGAUGGUGAUAACGAACCAAGAUACCAUCAGCUUCAAUACUGAUGCAUUUCUCGUUCACUUAAUUUCUUUUUGUUAGACAUACUACUCUUUUUUCGUACUAACUCUAGUCAUAACACUUUAUUGUUUUAGAAGGCAGUGUCUUUUGCUUUGUUGAGAUUUAAACGAUAAAACUUUAAUGCAAUGAUACUUUUGUAACAUUGCGUACAAGAUAAUCAUGGAUUAUGUUGUGUUAUAAUUUUAAAAAUCUCUUCUCACAGACUUACGUACGUCUACGUACCUAAGCAAUAAUAAGACAAUGAUGAGUUUAACCGUCAUGCAUUGAUUACAGUAAUUAUUCUUAAGAUCUCGCAUUAUCAACAUAGCUAUCGGAUCAUUAAAUUCAUUUACAACUACUUCAGUAGUUUUACGUUCGCAUGAUUAUUUAAUCAUGUAAUUGUUUGUUAUACAAACAACAGCUAGUCAAAUUUUAGACAUUCCAUUAACGAUUGAAACACUAAAACAUCGUUUCGAGUCGAUCUAUUAAUUUAUCGAGUAAUUAAUAAUUUAUAUUUCUAGUGCAAUGUUCUACAUAUGUUUUUUUUGUACAUAGAUAUUAUUGUCGUGCUUAAAUUUAAGCACAUAGCUCAUUUGCUUUUUACUCUACGUACUUUUAUUCAAUGUUCAAGAACUACAUAUGUAUUUAUUUUCUAACUUAUUUAUUUAUUUAUUUAUUUACUUAUUUAUGUAAAUCACGUCCAGCUAGUCAUUUUGCCAGUUAUUGAGGCAAAACCAUAUAAGAGUUGAGGGAGAGAGAGACGUUAAACUCUUAAUUAAUUUUGCAAUACUCAAAUUCAUCUGAAUACUAGUCAGAGAAUGUUUCUUUUAUUUUGGCUCUGAGGCCAGGCAGCGUACCAAAAGACAUAAUUAGAUUAGUCAUGAUUAUUCGAAGUUAAGUCUUGAAAAAAAAAUGUAUGUAUAGGGUUAACGAAAGAAGUCAUAUUUGGAAAGUCUACAUUGUUUAUAAGUAGAGAAAGGAAAACUAAGUAGAAUUAGUUCUCGUAUAAUGACUGACUCGAUUUUAUUGAAAAUGGGAAGCCGUCGAUUGCUAUGGUGUUGCAAUACUGAUUCUAUCUCGAUGCAUAUCCUUCAAACUAAAACGUAACUGUGUGCAUUGUGGAUUUACAGUUUAUAAGAUUAGUAUUUAAAACGAAGAUUGAAAAAUUCGUUCCGUCGCUUGAUUGGUAUAAGUUUCAUAUAAUAAUGAUUUGAAGUGAAAACAGGAGGCUUGUUGAAUUUUGCCCACCAUGGCUGUUGACUUUAACAUUCAUUAUUCAUAAUUUACAGCCAUCGAAUGUUACCAUCGUUGAAAUGGAAGAAAUUCUGAUUAUAUCUGUAAUAUACUCUGUAUUGUUGUUGUGUGAUUAAAUUAAAAAUCUUAAAAGA